AUAUACAACAGAUGGGAGUGUGGGGAACAGCUAUAAUGGAAGGGGGCGAAGUCUCCGAUACAGACAGCGAUGAGACGAUAGUUGAGGGGUCCGUGGUUGAGAGUGACCUGGAAGAAAAAGAGCUUCGUGCAAAAAGAUUCUCUUUAGUGGAUAAAGACCUGGUAUUAGCAAGAGAAACCAGCAUUACUUCAGAAUUAGCUAAUACAUAUGGAGAAAAGCUUUCCCCAAAUAUUCCAUUUAAUAGCAUCAAAUUCCACAUCCAGAAGCAACUGGGACUAUUUAAUCUGCCAUAUCAAGAGAUUAAUGAAAAGGAAGAAUCUCAAUCUCUGCUCCCGAUUGAAUUAAGCAAUGCUGUCAAUGCCACAAAUAUUGGUCAGUUUGAUUGUGUAUCAGCAGCAACUGUUCAUGGAGAAUAUAAAUGCAUUGGUUUAGAAUCUAAAAUGCCCAGAGUUCCUGAGAUGUCACACCAAAAUGAUGAUUCUCUUGAAGAAAGUCUUCUCUCAAAUAUGAAUGUAGUAAAGCCAUUCUCAAAUGAUGUGCCAAAAUACCCAGAAACAUCAAUGGCUUUCCAAAGUGUUGGAAUGAUCAGUGGCAAGAGUGAUGCAGCAGAUAAUGGUCAAUUUCAUGAAGCAAUAGCAUCUAAUGAGACAAUAAAUAGUAUGGCAACUAAAAUGUUUGGAGUGAAACAUGUAAUAAAACCACUUGAUGAAUUUGAAACCAACCAAAUGUCUGACAUGUUAGAGUAUCAGAAUAAUAAUUUUUCUAUAGAUACAACUGUAAAUGAGGAGAGUAAUACUUUGCCAGAAGAACUUCUCACAGCUCUAAACGCCUUGACAGAAUCUAUAGUAGCAGUAGAAGACAGAACUGGAUCAAGCACAACAGAGAAGCAGCUAACACCCGAACAGACAGAUGAUGAUGCCACAGAAAUAAUAGAAACAGAUUUGAAAUCUCAUUCACAAUGCCAUGAAGAACCAGAAGCUUUAAUGAUAGCCAAGAUGUCAUGCACUUCAGGCGAACACAUUGAUUAUGAACAAUGUAUGCAUCGAUUGUGUCAUCCAGAUCCUCAAAAAACUGAUUGUUCUGACAGACCAUCUAAAAAAGGAAAAUCCAGUUUAAAAGACAUUCAUUCAUGUGAGCAUCUCUCUGAAGGAACUUCAUAUACAUUAAAGAAAUCAGACCACCAAAGAAAGAGUGUUGUUAUAAAUGAUAUACAUGCUACUUCUGAGUGCCAACCAUUUUUAGAAGGAACGCAUCAGAAGAUGCACAGAUUUAAUGAUAAAGAAAAUGAAUCUUUGCAACUGGGAAUUUGCACAUACCAUUGCUCAUCUUCAGAUGUAAAUACCAAAAUUGAGCAAGUGAGGAAGAGCCAGAGGAUUGCCAAGAAAACCAGAAAGCAGACCAUUUUUAAUUGUUACUCCAAUGAUUCCUCAGGUAAUUACAUUUCACUGUCUGUAAUCAACAGAAGAGAUGGUUUUGGUCAGACAUUGUUGCAUAGAGCUGCUACAGAAGAUGACCUAGAUGGUGUAUGUGCAAUGAUAAAAGCUGGUGCAAAUGUUAAUGCCCAGGACUAUGCAGGUUGGACCCCGUUACAUGAGUCCAGUUUGGCCGGUUGCUUUGAAAUAUCAAAUGAACUUUUAAAAGCAGGAGCUGAUGUUAAUUGUAAAGGAUAUGAGCAAGUAACACCACUACAUGAUGCUGUUAAAGAAGGUCAUCACAAGGUGGCAGAAUUAUUGCUUUGGUAUGGAGCUGACCCACUCUUCAAGAAUGAAAGAGGAAAAAAUGCUUUAGAAGAAGCUACUGACAAGCAUAUGAGGAAACUUGUGGAAAGUUAUAUAGAUCAUUCUGGUAAAAGAUCAAAAUCAGAGAAUCUGGAAAUAUGUUACAAUAUGGCAAAAGAAAAAGAAAAUUAUACAUCAGAUGUACCUUUCCAAUCAGUUGCAUUAAAAACGGUCCAGACGAAGUAUAAUGGAAAUUGUCAAUAUGUCGAUUUGGGUUCUGGCAGUAAGUUGAAGAAUGUUUCUUCAAGUUAUAUACAAUUCAGUCAAAUUGAAGAACAACAAAUACCGCAAAUUCUAGAUUCUUCACAACCUAGGAAAAAGACUAAAACAAUUACUAGUCAUCUGAAAAGUACUACAACUACUACAAUAAACAAGAGAAAUGCUAAAGGAGAAACUCAUUUGCAUUUAGCUUGCAAAAAAGGAAAUUUUUCUUUAGUGAAAUCUUUGAUAGCAUCUGGAGCAUGUGUAAAUCAAAAAGAUAAUGCAGGUUGGACCCCAAUUCAUGAAGCUUCUAACAGGGGAUUUACUGAGAUUAUUGCAGAAUUACUAAAAUCCGGUGCUGAUGUAAACAGUAAAAGCUUGGAUGGUGUUUUGCCCAUUCAUGAUGCCGUUUCAGGCAACCAUUUUGAGGCAGUACAGUUGCUGUUGCUCCAUGGUGCAAACCCCAACGAAAGAAACAACAAUGGGGAAAAUGCCCUAGAUGAAGCUACUUGUGACCAAAUUAAAGAGCUUCUUAAGUCUUAUGGUGCUACUGAAGUUAAAGAGACUGUUUUGAUGGCUCAUGAUGCUGGAAAAAAAGAGCUGCGCAGAUCAAGGCUUAGGAGAAAAUCUAUUUGUUAUGGUUGCCAGGAAAAGGAGGAUCUGGUUUUACAGUCCAGUUUAGCCAGACAAAAAUAUACCACACGUGAAUUAAUCAACAAAGCAUUGCUGGACAUAGAAAAUAAGCAGGAGAGAUUGUUGCUGUUUGAAUUAAAAUACCAAAGAGAUGCAGAUCUGUACAUCCAACACUUUUCUGAGAUACAGGACUCUUUGAAUACUAUACUUGUCAGACAGAAAUCUGAACGAGAUGAGCUUGCUAAGAAAUAUAGAGCUUCUGUGGAAUCUUUUAAACAGGGAGUGCUGAGAGAAAAGCUAGUAAACCUUGCAGCCCGACAAAAGAACCUUUUGCUCAUGGCACGAAAACAGAAAGAAUUAUGGGAAAAAAUACAGAAUUUUAAAAAUGCAAAAAAAGAGGCUUUAACCUUAGCAGAUCAAGUCCCAGACACACUUGAUUCUUAUGAAAACACCAAUACAAAAAACAGAAUUUCUGGUGAAACAGUUCCAUGUCCUAACAUAAUUAUGGACCAUGAGAGCAUCUGGGGGAUGGAAAAUAGCUCUUUAAAUCAAGACCAUCCAAACAUAUUUCAAGAUACAUCAGGAGAAAAUGGAGAAAUUAAUAGUCAGAAGAAAGAUGGUCUACAGCUUUUGGUAUUUGAAAAUAAUGUGAAGAAAUAUAACACUACAGAAGUAACAAAUUUAGAGUCCUCGGAUGCUACAGAUUCAGCAACAUUGCUUCUAAACUCUGUCAUCUGUUCUACUCAACAAUUAAAAGAAAUUGAUUGUAUAUUGGUGAUACCACAAGAAACCCAGAACCUAAGUGCCACAUCAACAACUGGUAGUGAUAAUAAUAUCUGUCAGCCAUCUACUGACAAUCAAAAUGUUUGCAUGAAUAUGCUUUUGUCACAACAUUCAAAUAUGAACAAUGCUUUCUCAAUACAACCUAUUGUAGAAUUAGAAUCCACAUGUGACUUUGUUAGUACUGAUCAGGAUAACAUGGCCCCAAGUAAAAGUAUCUUACUUAAUGUUAAUUUAGAAUCUCCAGGGCCAUUUUCUCAGGUAAUAUCACAAAACAUGAUCAGUCAGAAAACUUCCCAGUAUUUGAAGAAUCAAGAUUCUGAAAAAGACCUACAUUUCAAGAAAAACAGGAAGAAAAAAAAUCAACUAUUAAAUCUGCUUGAACUGGGAAAAAUUAAGCCAGGAGAUGACGUUUUAGAAUUCACACUACAGGAUUCCAAACAUAAAGCUAGCCUUCUUGGAAAUGGAAAAGUCCAAACUGGAAGCAAUUCAGUUUAUCAAAAUCCAGUUCAAUGGAUUAAGGCAAUAUUGGGAAAUGACAUUUGUGUAAGCUGGAAAUAUGUAUACAAUAAGGUCACAUACUGUGGAAGGCCAUUAUCAACAAUUGUUAAUGAAAUGCAUGUUCCUACGGAACAAGAAGUAUUGUUGCAACAAAAAAAUCUGCUUGAUUCUUCCUGUCAGGCUAAUUCCUCAAAAACACCCUGCUUUCUACAGUUCAACAAAAUAAUGUUAAUAACAGAUGAAGAAUUUCUGCCAUGGCAUGCAGGAGAGGAAUACUGGAACUUCUAUGUCAAAUGUGAAAAUUUUGGAUUUUAAAGUGCAACCUAAUAUAUAUUUUCUUUUCCAUGAAUAUCUGUAGUUUUGCAUAUGUCUAUUCCUUGGAUAAACAAAACACUAAAACUUUAAAUGAAGAUACGUGUGAACUCCAGCUUGUAAAGAGGUCAACAAGAUGAUGCAGAAUAUUUCAUAGUAGUCUUUCAACAGCUUGCUAUGAUGGAUGCUAAAAUAGCAGUACUGAAGUGAUUGAUUGUUGGCUUAAGCAAAGAAUAGCAUCAGAUAUCACAGAGGUUAAAAAAAAACCCUGUAGGAAGGAGUGAAGAUGUUUUGUGUUGAAAUUGUUGGAAGUAACUCUAAUUCAAAUGCCAAAAUUGUCAUGAAAUUAAAGAAAAUUACAUUUGGAUGAGGAGUAAGAUUAAACAGGGCUUAUUGCAUCCCACUUUUGACCCUGUUAUGCUGUAAUUAUGUUUUUCUUUUGUGACAAGAAACAGAAUGAAAAGAUUUAUUGACAGUUCAGCAUUAAUUCAUAUUCAAGUUUUAAAUGUACAAACACUUUAUUUUAUUGUUUACUUGAGUAAUUGUUCAUCCUGUUUUGUUUGUAAAACUCAGAACAUUUAAUAAAUCAGCAAUAUUUCAGCAA